AUGAACAAGGCCAUUCCACCAGAAGCCGACAUCUGCCCUACUCCUGUGGAAGAACCCAGUAGAUGGGAGAAACCACAGCCAGCUACCCGGGAAAUCACGCAAGAAAAAUCCAAGCUCCCAAACCAUGUGACUGUAGCAUCAAAUAACAGCCUCGCCCUCGACACAAUAGACUGGACAGUCCCAGAAGAAGAAGAUCUGCUGAAUAUGGAUGCAUGUUUCAAUUGCCCAGAAGAUCAAUAUCCAAACAAGAAGAGAAAUGGAUGCAUCCACAAAUUUCUAAAAUUUUUGUCCUAUAAAGAACCUUUAGGGAUCACAUUAGCCUCUCUUAGUGUCUUAUGUUCCCUGAUUACUGCUUUGGUAUUGGCUAUUUUUAUCCAGCACAAAGAUACCCCCAUAGUCAUAGCCAACAACCGAGGUCUCACCUACACUCUACUGGUCUCCCUCCUGCUCUGCUUCCUCUCCUCUUUGCUUUUUCUUUGCCAACCUGGGAAAGUGACCUGCCUUCUCCAACAAACUGCUUUUGGCAUCAUCUUCUCCAUUGCUGUUUCUUCUGUGUUGGCAAAGACCAUCAUUGUUUCUCUAGCAUUCAUAGCCACAAAGCCAGGAUCCAAGAUGAAGAAAUGGGUGGGAAAGAAACUGGCUCAUUCCAUUGUCCUUUCAGCUUCCCUCAUUCAAGUUGGUAUCUGUACUCUGUGGCUGAUAUCGUCUCCUCCCUUCCCUGAUCUAGACAUGCAUUCAGUAGCUGAAGAAACCAUUGUGCAAUGUAACAUUGGGUCUGUCACCCUGUUCUAUUGUGUCUUGGGCUACAUGGGCCUCUUGGCCAUCACCAGCUUCAUUGUGGCCUUCCUGGCCCGCAAGUUACCUGACAGUUUUAACGAAGCCCAGUUCAUCACCUUCAGUAUGUUAGCAUUUUGCAGUGUUUGGAUCUCUUUUGUUCCGACUUACCUGAGCACAAGAGGGAAACACAUGGUGGCUGUGGAGAUCUUCUCCAUCUUGGCCUCCAGUGCUGGGUUACUGGGUUGCAUCUUUUCUCCGAAAUGCUAUAUCAUUGUGCUGAGGCCUGAUCUUAACAGCAGGGAUCAAUUAAUACGGAGAAAGGAUUAA